AGCCGGGCACUCGACGGCGUUCCUGGCACUAUCAGCAUUCCGUGUGUAAUCACAUAAUCGAAGGCAAAGGUCAACCACUCAUACAAUCAUGCGCUGCCGGUACACGUUCGGUAUGUCACAGCUGAUAGGACCAGACGGUUUCGAAUCGAAGGCAAAACAGGACCGAAUCCCAUACAGAACGUUAUCAUCGUAAUGUACGUCCUGCUGAUGCGAUGCUUUGCUGCCGGGUGACGCGAUCCGUUCCACUGGGCGAUAUAGCAACAGUGUAGCGAGCAGUAGUAGUGUCCAUUUUCCACACUUCCACGCAUGCCGUUGGCAGUUGAUUGUAAAUAUUUUAUUUCGGAAACGAAACAAUUAACUCCACAUGCCGGCCUGGUAUGCCGAAUAUAUGUUUGAUGUGGGCCGAUGAUUGUAGCUCAUUCGUCAUUGUACGCGCCAGAAGCCGCCAUGGUUGGCCAUGAUAAUGCUGCUCCAUGGCUGCUGUGUUUAUGACAGUGUUCAUCCGGAGAUCGUGAGUGCAAUGUCGCACCAACAAAAGCCACCGCGUCACAUCUACGAGGUUUUGGAUCCAAUUUUUAAAUUUUCAAGAAUGGUCGGGAUAAUGCCAUACCAUCUAAAGGGAGAACCACCAUUUGUGGAAGUAAAAGUGACGUCGUGCAAUGUUUUUUCGUUCAUGGUCAAUCUGUUGGCUAAUGGUGCUUGUGUGUAUUUUAACUUUUUCAACUCCCGGCUCACGCUGGUUACGGGCUCAACGGCGAUGGAUAAGGGAUUAGGAUAUUUGUGGCCUCUCGGUUCAUUUAUUUCGGUAUUGGUCAGCAUCGAUAAUAUUCUGCGACGGCGAACUACUGGCGCUAUAAUAGAAGAAUUGUUCGCCGUAGACCGAUCAUUGCAACGCAAGCAGCAUCAGAUCAAUCAUGCACGACAGGCACGAGUGCUGAUGCGAAUCCUCAUAGUAUCCAUCGGAUUGUUCACGAUCGGAACACUCUACUCAAUCCUUAUGUCAUCGACAUUUUCUCUGAAGAGUCGUGCCCUGAACUCCUCUUCGUACGCCUUGACGGGAUGCGGGUUCAUGGUUGUUAAUUUUCAAUUCAUUUGUGCUGGCCGAAUAGUGGCGUUUCGAUUCAACGAAAUCGAGCAAUGCUUUCAGAAACAUCUUGACUCUGGUCAGUGGUGGAUAGUGAAGAAAGACCGCUGGGGAAGGAAAGAAACUACAAUCGAUGUCAUUGCCGCUCUUGGGGACGAUUUUGCCGCGCUGGUGCGCAUCGUCGGACGGAUCAACAGAAUCUACUCGAAUCAAAUUGUAGCAUGCAUCUCGGGCGUUUGUUUCUUUAGCAUCUUCGUGAUAUACGCCUGUACCUUUACCUAUUACCACGGCAGCAUACAGGAGUUGCGGUUAGCUUCGAUCAUGUUCACUGCUUGGCUGGUCUACGUCACAAUGGUCGUUAUGAUAUUUCAUGCUGGUGCCGAGGUAUCUGCUGGUGGCCGAAACAUGCUGAACCUUGUCAACAUCGCCCUACAACGGGAGCACGAUCUGAACAUUCGCAAAAAGCUGACCAACUUUUCGCAGCAAAUCUUGCUUCGGCCACCGAAAUUACAGAAUUUGUUCUACGAAUUUAACUGGAAAACCGUGUUCAGCAUGUUUGGAUUUAUCGUGAGCUAUCUAGUGAUAUUAACGCAGUUCGAUACUAUUUCCGAUAAUCGAACAGAUGAUUCUGCUUCACCGAAUGGAUGAUUCUGCCAUGGCCGUGUCGUAAUGCGGCUAAAUUUACUUAAUAAUUCCGCAUCCGAAAUCAUUACAAUUAAGGUAUGAAGCAGGUUUAAAUCGAUGUCACGACAAUGUGUGCUACGAGCUGCACCCUCACCUCUCAUGCAGCAAUUUCGACGAUUGCCAUCUUUUAAUUGCAUCUCAUUAAUUAAUGACAUCCGUAGCGGCGAUCCAAAUGGAUAAAGCAUAUUCACUUUAUUAAUUGAUAAAUAAAAAUGCUCGAACAAACUCCCGCUUUCAGGUGAUGAAGUGAUGAAUCUCGCAAUUAACCAUUUGUCGUGUCCUUUCUCUGAUAAUCGCGUUACGGGAUUGGAUAAAAAAAAGAAAACCUUCCCGUGGCACAAUACUUUUUACUACGAAUUCCGGUGAAAAUUAAACAAUGCUUGAAAAACCACACACACUCAGAACAUUCUCAAGGAUGUGGUCACAAAUGCAGCUACAGUUCGCCGUGUUUUUCUUUGCGAUGUGUUAAAAAGUGUGCAUGUGCGUGUUUAUUUUAUCAAUUAACUUGUGCACUUGUGUCUCAUAGUGCAUCUGUGUUCGGUACCGUAUACCAUUUCUCAAAUAAAUUGUUAUUUUGAACGAAGCGUCAGAGUUAAAGCUUCGAUUCAAACUGGAUCAUUAUGAUCAAAUACGUGGCUAACUCACUGCAAGCCUGUAAAGAAAUAUGUUGGAUAGUCGGAUAGGCUUUUCAUAAUGUACUCGCGCUGUUACUAUGGUUACCUUCACAUAGAUUGGCCAAUCAACAUCGAACCAUUGUAAAUCAAUGGUCGGCGUGCGGUGAGACAUCUGUUCCGACAGCCAUUGCAGUUCAUCCUCAAUUUCCGUUGACGAAGCCUUAUUGAUUAGUGCAUGCACGCGCUUCCAAGUGGUGAGAGACGAUUUUCGCAACUCGCCUGCCAACGCAAUACAAAAGGUCGGCAACAACGCGUACAACGACGAGCCAAAUAUGUAAAACAUGGUAUCGUAUAGCUCGGUACCAUCAUAUCGGUGGGCAAGAAUCCUAAUAAGAGCGAAUAUCACAACGAGCUGACAAGUUAGCGAGUGGAUCAUCACGAAGACAACCUUGAAUGAGACAAAGAAUGAGGUUAA